AUGUGGACCAAGGCAAUGGAGAACGGCCAUGCCGGCUGUGCCAGCACGGGGUUUUCGAUGGGAAGUCCCGAGCCGGACACCAGCGGUUCCGUCUCCUCUCACAGUCUGGUAUCCCCAGAGGUCGAUUCCAUGGACUGGUUCAUGAACCUCACCACACCUUCCACCCCCACGUUUGACAACCUCGGUGAGGACUUGUUUAGCUUGCCUACCUCCGAGCUGGCACAUGAGAUCUCGCAAGGCGCCACCCCGAAAGAGAUGCCGCUACCAGAGCGUGCUUGGGCGGGUACCUAUCCGCAAGCCUUGGAGAUCGGGAGUGCAUCACAAGCCUCUCGAACCCGCCAGGACUCGGUCUCCAGCAUCCGAGGCCUCGACGCAGUAGAUCCCAUGCUGCAGGUAAUAACGACAGCCGUGCCGGGGCCACUCUCGGUCAACGCUCUCCCAACGCCGGUAGCACUCCAGCGAGGGCAAGAUGCUGGGGAUAGGCCGCAAACCCCAGUAAGCCUAGCAUUGGACCUGUCAAAUCGGUACAAAGACAAGGAGGCCAGAGGGCAAGAUUAUGACGGAGAACGCAGGCAACUGCUGUUCCCGGCGUUAACACAACUGGAUCGAGAUGCUGAGCGGUCGCGGCCCCGCUUCGACCCCUGCGUCUCGCCUCUUAUUGCGCAGUUUUCCAAGGCCAGGGUUGACGAAGCUGCGCGGCAGACGGCAGUCGAGGCUAUCAGCUUCAUCAUGUCCCAGGAAUGCCAACGCAGUCUCCCAGGAGCCUGGUGGUUGUCCGGCCUUGGGCAGCAGACUGCACGUGACAUCGGCUGGGCAGACCUGCCCAUCCAAUCGCUUAUUCGCAUGCUCGCCAGUGUCAAGCUAUAUCUAGAGCAGCGCGAGGUUCUCGCCGCGGUCAACUUCCUCCAACCCUCUUUUAGGUCUCAAGCAGCCGCCGUCGGCAGGUGCAUCGUGGUCACUCUUGCGGCUUGGGGGUCUCUGUUGAAACCAGACCAGCGCAAGCCGGACACUGUUGAGCUGAUAGCUCGCAUGGGCGAGGCCUACGACGGCUUAAAUGCCGAGCCGGACUCGGUGGAUAAAUUCCUGGCUAUUGUAGCAGUUCUCCAACUCGUCCACAAGCUGGGCUUGAAACACUUGCCCAAGCUCUUAGCGACUGCUGUGUCCAUCAUCCAGGCUCUCAGUCUACAUUCCGCUGCGGCGUUGCAGAGCCUGUGUGCCGAAUCGCCGGGACUGGCCGCCAGAGUCAAACGGGCGUGCUGGAUAGUAUUCUGCGUCGACAAGGUCAAUGCUCUACGUUGGAAGUCUUUCUCGUUGCUUCCAGAACCAUGUCUGCAGUACACACCGCCGCCCAUGGAAGAUUGCAAUAGCAACCAGGACUGGCUCCUGGCUCAAUGCAGGUACAGCAAGCUAUGUGGGCAGAUCUAUAACGAAACAUCGCAUGCCCGUGAAGACCAGUCUCGAUCUUCCGAGAGCAAGGCAACAAGCAUCGCCGCAGAGCUUGAGGACUGGUACGGGUCGCUUCCCGACGACGGCCGGUUGCAUGACAAAAACACAACGAGUAGGAGUCUCGCCAGACAGCUGGCUAUAUGCAUGCUCUAUCAGUACUGCGAAGCAAAGCUUGCACUGCUCGAUGUUGAUGACACAUGGAUGGACACUACAAAGAACCCACCGCUUCGGUCGCCGGUGAUACCUCUCAGUCGAGACAUCUUCAAGUUCAGCAACCGAAUCGAGCCCGAUGACAUUGUCUAUGAUCGGAUUCUUCUGUUUCUGCCGUCGCUCAGUCUGUGCAAAAUGGCCACGCAAGUCUCGACGCACGGAAGUGCCGAUUUCGAAGACGCCCGAGCCGUGCUCGCCGUCGCACACGGCUUCUUCGCACGAAUGUCGUCGGUGCUGCCCACGACCGAGUUCUUCGACCGCGUGACCGAGCUGGUCGACAUAGCUGUCAGGGCCCACAAGAGCGUGAAGAAGACCGCCUCCUCCUCGACAUGGACCCCAGUGCGUGCUACGCCGCUCUGGCGGAUCCUGUACACGUCGCCCUGGUCGGCCGUCAGCAGCUCAUCCUUGUCCGUCCACACAAUGCAGUGCUCCAGGACCACGCGCCCAAAGUCCAGCAGAGAGCUGCUCUUGCCCAUCCGGUUCGUCCCCGGCCGUGACGAGGCAUCCUCCAAGAUCCACCCAACGCUCUGGCCAGAGAGCACCGCCUGGGGCUGCGGCGGCUGUGCCCAGUACUUGGUCGCCUUGCUGCCUGUCGCCGUGUUCUGCAUCUCGGCCUUGGCAAAUGUCUCGUUGAACAUGACUAACUCUAGCUGCAGCGCGUCGCCCGGCAAUAAAGGGCCCAGCUUGGCGCCCGGAGAGUCUCUGCUGUUGGCGUCGAUCCCUAGCCACACCGAGACCGCUUGCGCUUCUGCAAGCCCGCUGCUCUCCUCCGCAGCUGUCGUGUGCGGUAUCGUCAAGCUGGCUUUGACUGCGGCGAAUCGCUGGUUCGGGGGUGGCGUAGACAGGACAACGCCGGCCCAGUCGGGCGUGAACGUGAACCGGGAGCUGGAGGGAUCUGGCUGGACGUCUUGUCGGCCUGCAACCUGUGCAUUGGUUGCCACAACGAAAGCUAGCAUCCCAGCGAUAGCAGAGGCCAAUGCGAAGCCAAGUAAAAAUGAAAUCACCACUCUCCUCUUGUGGGGUGCGACGACUGUGGACGUUCCCGCCGCGGAACAUUUUCGGCCGUCAUCAUGGCCACCAUCCGCGCUGAGCGGCGGUGGCGGGAUGGCCUCGUAUCGUAGUCUGUGGUUGAGAAUAGCUCUCUAA